AUGGUGGGUACACAUCCAACAAAUCUCAGUGAACUGUUGGAUGCAGUUCUGAAAAUUAAUGACCAGACAUUGGAUGAUAAUGAUAAUACGAAAAAACAAGAACUUCAAUGUCAUCCAAUGCGACAAGCGCUUUUCAAUGUUCUCGUUGAAACAAAAGAGAAAACAGUUCUUUCCGUUCGUAAUCCAGUUGAUGAGACUCCAGAAGAUCCACAAUUGAUGCGUCUUGAUAAUAUGUUAGUGGCUGAAGGCGUUGCUGGACCAGAUAAGGGAGGAUCAUUAGGAAGUGAUGCAAGUGGAGGAGAUCAGGCUGAUUAUAGACAGAAAUUACAUCAAAUCCGAGUGGUCUAUAACGAUGAAUUGAGGAAAUAUGAAGAAGCAUGUAAUGAAUUCACUCAACAUGUCCGAUCUCUACUCAAAGACCAAUCACAGGUUCGACCAAUUGCACAGAAAGAAAUCGAGCGAAUGGUUUAUAUAAUUCAACGAAAAUUCAGUGGAAUUCAAGUCCAAUUGAAGCAAUCGACUUGUGAAGCUGUUAUGAUACUUCGUAGCCGAUUCUUAGAUGCUCGACGCAAGAGAAGAAACUUCUCGAAGCAAGCUACUGAAGUAUUGAAUGAGUACUUCUAUGGACAUCUCUCGAAUCCAUAUCCAUCAGAAGAAGCGAAAGAAGAUUUAGCAAGACAAUGUAAUAUUACUGUGUCUCAGGUAUCCAAUUGGUUCGGAAAUAAACGUAUUCGAUACAAGAAGAAUAUGGCAAAAGCACAGGAAGAAGCAAGUCUUUAUGCAGCCAAAAAGAAUGCCCAUGUGGCUUUAGGCGGGAUGACUGGAAACCCGUAUGGUAUGCUCCCCGGAGCAGCUGCUGCCGGUUUAUUAAACCCUUACAACCCGAUGAAUAUUCCGGGACAAGACCCAUUGCAUAUGGGAAUGCCCCCGUUCGACUUAUCUGUUUAUAAUCCCCAAUUGAUGGCGGCUGCUCAAUACCAACAACAAAUGGACAAUGAUAAUAAAAAUUCAUGA